AUGCUUCUUCGGCGAGUCAUUUUUAUUAGUAUUUUCUGCUUGGCUCAUUUAAUUAUAGAAGUCGAAUCUUCUGUGCCGUCCCAACGUAGAGAUGACUUUACCAUUCAUCCAUCGCUGAUACCCCUCGGAAAGUGGCUCCGAAGGUACAUCGAUGUUUCGCCUACAAACAGGAAAACUUCUGGAACCAGUACAAACAAUACUCAUACUUUGUGA